AAUAAAUCGAAGAGGCAGAGAGCAAUAAGGUGGUGGGUUAGCUCGGGACUGGACCAGAUAGAAUAGAAUAGGGAAAGAGAGAGAGUGAUUUCCAAAAAUCAGGAGGGCUUAAAACCCAGGAGCUCUGCAAAUGCUAAGCUUCCCCUCCGCCUUCUCAACCUUCAUGGUGAUUAAUCCUCGCAAACGACGUAGUUUCGAGGUUGAUGGCCGGCACCGACGACCACUCCUCCUCUUCCAUAUGCCACCAACAAAACCUUACCGUUCCCGCUGCAACGGAGGAAGAAGAAGAAGAAAUGGCGACGUCAACUUCCCAAUCCUCUUCCUCCCCACUCCUUCUUCCACUUGCAGAGAAUCCGAUUCUCUUCCUCGUUUGUUUCCACAUGGCGCUCCGCUCCGAGCUCGAUCAACUCCGGCGGCUCGCCACCGAAGCUUUCGACACCGGCUUGUUCUAUCACGAUUUUGCCGUCGAGCUUCUCCGGCGGUUUGAUUUCCUCAAGCUUGCUUAUAAGUAUCACUGCGCUGCAGAGGAUGAGGUGAUUUUCCAUGCGCUGGAUGAUCAUGUUCCGAAUGUAGCAUCUACAUAUACACUGGAGCAUAGAAGUAUAGACGGACUGUUCGAUUCGAUCUUUUACAGGUUGAAUGUGAUUAUGGAGGAAAAUGAAAACGAAAACGUUUCCAAGCCAUAUCAGGAGCUUGUUUUUUGUAUUGGGACUUUACACACCUUCAUUUCCCAACAUAUGCUCAAAGAAGAAGAACAGGUAUUUCCUUUGCUCAGCAAGCAAUUCUCUCCCAAAAAACAGGCUGCAUUUGUGUGGCAAUUUCUGUGUAGUAUUCCUGUAAUGCUGCUGGAGGAUCUGUUGCCAUGGACUAUCUCCUUUCUUCCACUUGAUGAACAAUUGGAAGUUAAGAAUUGUAUAAAGGAAAUAGUACCUGAGGAAAAAUCACUCCAAGAGGUGGUAAUUUAUUGGCUUAGUAGCAAUAACCAACACCCAUUGGGAUCUUACUCAAAGAGUGGAACUGAUCGCUGCCUUGAGGGAUCUACAGAUAUGAAAGUGUUACUCAAGUCUCAGUGUGUUAAAAGAUAUCUUGGAGAAAAUUGGAGUUGCAUUCAGGCUUACCCCGUCCAAGAAGAUGUUGGACAAAAUCUGGUUGAUGGCCUUCAUAUUUGGCAUGGUGCCAUCAGGAAAGAUUUUAUAGAAAUUCUUGAAGAGCUAUAUCAAUCAAGAAGCUCAAGCAACUUUUCGAAUCUUGAUACAAUAAUACUCCAGCUAAAGUUCCUUGCCGAUGUCCUGACUUUCUAUAGUAUUGCAUUGGGAAAAUUAUUUUACCCUGUGUUAAACAAACUUGUCGAUGGCCAUCUGUCCUCUUCAAAUGAACAAUUCCCAAAUAAGCAUCGUAUAGAAGGUUUGCAGAGGUUGCUGUACUCUACCGCUAAAAAUGACACGCCUUUGUCUAAAUUUGUGGAGAAGCUGUCAUGGGAACUUGAGUCUUUCAUUGUGGAAAUCAACAAACAGUUUUCUUUCCAUGAAAUAGAGGUAUUUCCCAUUAUUAGCAAGAAUUGUAGUCAUGAAACGCAGCAGCACCUCUUAUAUGUGAGCCUUCAUAUAAUGCCACUUGGGCUGCUAAAGUGCGUUAUAACUUGGUUUUCAACCCACUUGUCCGAGGAUGAAUGCAGGUCCAUUCUGAAUAGCAUCAAACAGGAAGAUCCUCUAGUCGAUGAAUCUUUUGCAUCACUUCUGCAGGAGUGGUUCCGAAUCGGUUAUUCAGGUAAAACUUCUGUUGAAAAAUUUGGAGAGGACUUGCAGAAAAUGUUCAAGAGCAGAUGUUCUUUUGUAUCUGAGCAAACUAACGAAGCUGCUGGAUCAUCAUCCUCACACUCCAAUACGCAACCUUGUGAGGGAUCUAACUCUAAUCUAAUGGAACAGAUCUGUGCGAGGAAGGCAAAGAGCUAUUUGUCAUAUUCUUCAUCUUGUGUCUCUCAAACUGCGAGAAAAUAUGAGGCAUCAUACUCCAGCAUAAUUAAUCUCCAUAUAUAUUUCCCAGAGACAAUAAACACAUCACAUCCCUUUUCUGAAAUUUUUGGUGGAGAAAACCAUCCUGGUUAUGUGCUCACUGAUCCAAAACCAAUGGACAUUGUCUUUUUCUUCCACAAGGCUCUUAAGAAUGAUUUGGAAUACCUUGUUGUUGGUUCAGCUCAGUUGGCUGAAAAUGUUGGGCUCCUAAAUGAUUUCCAUAGGCGCUUCCAUCUUAUACAAUUUUUGUUUCAAAUCCAUAGUGAUGCUGAGGAUCAGGUUGCCUUUCCAGCUUUGGAGGAGAAGGGAGAGCUUACAAACAUUAGCCACUCUUACACAAUUGACCACAAAUUGGAAGGUGAACAAUUUGCAAAGGUAUCCCUCAUUUUAGAAGAGAUAUCUGAAUUGCAUGCUUCAGUUUCGAAGUCUAAUUCAAACAUGGAUAUGAUAAUGCUGAGGCACUAUCAGCUGUGCAUGAAGCUGCAUAAUAUGUGCAAAUCAAUGCACAAAUUAUUAUCAGACCAUGUUCAUCGGGAAGAGGUUGAACUUUGGCCCUUAUUUAGAGAACGCUUCUCUAUUCAGGAGCAAGAAAGGAUUGUAGGAUGUAUACUUGGAAGAACAAAAGCCGAAAUACUACAAGAUAUAAUACCCUGGGUAAUGGCAUCUUUGACACCAGAGGAGCAGCAUACCAUGAUGUCUUUAUGGCGCAAGGUCACAAGAAACACAAUGUUUGAUGAAUGGUUGAGAGAAUGGUGGGAAGGGUAUGACAUGACCAAGGUGGUGGAGGAUUCUAAUAUUGCAUCUUCAUGGACUGCAGAUCCCUUGGAGGUUAUCUCAACCUAUCUCUGUGAAUAUAACAAGCAAGACGGAAAUUUUUGUAGUAAAAGCACCGAGCUUCAAGAUCAGAAGAUAGAUUCUCCUGGUAGUAAUGCUAAGCCAAUGGGAGAUUGUAAUGCAGAUGAUAAAGGAAAAGAUUCUGACUUUGACCAAUAUGAUUGCAAUCAUUUAGAACAUACGAGUCCUUAUGUUGAGAGUGACAAGAAAAGAACCCAAGAAAUAGAACCAUGUCAAAUCAAUCAAAUACCAUUUUCUCAAGCUUCCCAGAAAUCCAAGUAUUGCAAUUGUCUUCUAACGAUGACUCAACAGGAUAUAGAGGCUGCAAUCAGAAGAGUGUCCCACGAUUCUUCCUUGGAACCUCAGCGUAAAUCAUACAUUAUCCAGAACCUGCUAAUGAGCCGUUGGAUUGUCAGGCAGCAUUCUCACUUAUCUGUCUCAAGUAAUGGGCAAGAGUUUCCUGGUCAGAAGCCCUCUUAUCGCGACCCUCUCAAAUUAAGCUUUGGAUGCAAACACUACAAGAGGAACUGUAAACUUGUUGCUCCCUGCUGCAACCAACUUUACACAUGCAUACGCUGCCAUGACGAGAUCACUGGCCACUCAUUAGAUAGGAAAUCUGUUACGGAAAUGAUGUGCAUGAAAUGUUUAAAAAUUCAGCCAGUUGGGUCUACAUGCUCAACUCCUUCCUGCGGUAAAUUUUCCAUGGCAAGAUACUAUUGCAGGAUCUGCAAAGUAUUUGAUGAUGACAGGGAUAUCUACCACUGCCCUUACUGUAACCUGUGCCGAGUUGGGAAGGGACUGGGCAUUGACUACUACCAUUGCAUGAAUUGCAAUGCUUGCAUGUCCCGUACACUUCUAGUGCAUGUAUGCAGAGAGAAAAGCUUUAUGGACAAUUGCCCAAUUUGCCAUGAAGAUAUCUUCACAUCCAGCUCCCCUGUGAAGGCCCUUCCAUGCGGUCAUUUGAUGCACUCAGCAUGUUUUCAGGACUACACCUGUAUUAGCUAUACCUGCCCAAUCUGCGGCAAGUCACUUGGAGACAUGAAGGUGUAUUUUAAGAUGUUAGACGCAUUAUUGGCUGAAGAGAAAAUUCCAGAUGAGUACGCUGGCCAAACUAAGGUGAUACUGUGUCAUGAUUGUGAGAAAAGAGGAGUCUCUCCCUUUCAUUGGCUUUACCACAAAUGCCCCUCCUGUGGUUCAUACAACACCAGGAUUUUGUGAUAUAGUUACAUAGUUAGAGUGAAUAAUGUACAGUAUAGCCUGUUUUUGAAUAUUUAAAUUUCACCACUUAGAUUUGCAAAAGUGUUCAAUGUUUGAAUAAAUCAGUAGGCCAUUUAUGAGGGAUA